GUAUUGUGUCUUUUACAAAAUAAUGAUCUUUAAAGAUGUUAAGAACUCAUGCCAUGACUUGGAAAAUGUAGUUUUGUUUUUUUUCAUACAAUGAUGUUAUAAAAGAAAAGUCAUCCUGAUAGAUGGAUAGAUAAAAUCUGUAAUCUCCCUCAGUCUUGUUCAGGUCAGUGGGGGAAAAGCCCAGCAUGUUGUAUAAUGAGGUUUAAAUCUUUUGUAAUUCAGAAUGACAGAGGAGAAAUAACAUGAGUCAAAGCUUCGGGAGAGUUCGUUAAGUGUUCUGGUUUAUUCACUAAGUGGUUAAAUAAUUCACACUAAAUUAGGACACACACACAUGUACACACCCACAGAGGUAUUUAUGUGUGAUGUCGGUGCUACAGCAGCUUACUGCACACCCAGCCAAUGAGCAGGUGUGAGACAGUGAUCCACUCACCUGAUGGAGAUUGUCUGGAGGAUCACAGGCUGGUCCUGAGACCCGCUUCUCUCUGUCAGAAGAGUCUGAGCGGCCAGCGAACACCGCGUGGAAGAGGAUCCUCGUCUUUGUGUCCGUCAGACAGUCGACAGGAUAAAACAAUAAUGUGUGUCCUGCAUAAAGUCCCCCUCACAGCAGCUCUCUGCCUGCUGCUCCUCGUCACGCUGUUACCCAGCUCGGAGGCACGUGGUCGUGGAGGCUUCGGAGGUGGCCGAGGUGGAGGCUUUGGCCGAGGUGGAGGCUUCGGCCGGGGUGGAGGCUACAGACCGGUCCAGAGCGGUGGCUCCAGUGUGGGGAAAGUAGCCGGGGCAGCUGCAGCGGGCGCCAUAGGAGGAGCCGUGAUCGGGUCUGCCCUGAGCCGCCCCGGGUACGGUGGAGGAUAUGGAGGUGGUUAUGGAGGGUAUGGUGGUGGUUAUGGAGGGUAUGGUGGUGGUUAUGGAGGAUAUGGAGGUGGUUAUGGAGGAUACGGAGGCGGUGGAGGCUACGGCCGCAGGCCCGGCUACGAGGCGGAGGGCUCUGGAGACAUGGGGUACUAUACUGGAGCGUCCAGCGGGCCCAUCUACAACAGCAUCAUUGUGGUCAUUGGCUCCCUGAUGGCCCUGCUGAUGGGCCACUGGGGGGCCUUCAUGUAGAGCUGGAGCCGGAGCUGGGAUCCCCAAAACACACACAGGUCCGAAGAAACCCUGACUAAAGAAAACAACCCUCAACCUGACCUAAAAUAGUCCAAUGUGACCUAAGAUAUGACCUUUGAAUGCCGGAUUGAUGAAAAGAUGUGUGUUUCCCUUCUACUCCUCAGUGAGUCUGUGAGGACUUCUGACCUCCACAACAUGACACCGAGCUUCAAUCUGCAGCUGAACAAACCUGUAGAAAUAUGUCAGGAAUAUGGUUUCCUCUCCCCCGGGCAGUCUGUUUUUUUUAUACUUUUGAUGAUUGUUUUAUGAUCGAUAUGUCUCCGUGAAGAUAGAACAGAUUGGAUGUGUAAUUAGGUUAUGUCUACCUCAACAAGUCAUGUCAGGACAAGAGUUUAAGAGCAGCUAUGAUAAUGUCAUUUCUCACUGUAUUUCACUAUACCUUCUUAUUUUAGUUUUUUUCAAUCAGUUUCAUAUUCUAUAACUCUGGACCGGUUAUACUGGGACAGAGAGCAUGAGCAUAUUAAACAGUGUAUUCCAGUCUUACUGUUUUCAGUACUUUGCUUGUUUAUGUAUACUUUACCUAAUUAAAGUAUAUGUUUUAUGCCAUUUUGUAGAAUUUUAUGUAAAGAGCAAAAUGUGCUUCCAUGUUAAUUAUUGUUAAAACAAUAAAUAACUUAGGACAAACUUUUGUGUUGGAUUUUAUUGUCUACGUUAUUGUGAGAAGAGACGGUGUUUACGUGUUUGUUGACCACGGAUAAAUCCGACUUUAGGGGGAAACUGUAUUCUAAAGAGCUGAAGAUCUCUCAACAUAAGCACCACUGCCUUUCUUGUUCCAGAGCUUUCAGCUGGAUCUCAUGGUCUUUAAUCAGCACAUCGCUCUCUGCUGCUGUUUCAAGUC